AUGUUGGAUCUUGUUUUUGUUGUUAAAGACCCCAAAUCAUGGCAUAGAGACAAUAUACAACGACAUUCAACUCAUUAUUCAUUCCUAAAGUUGCUUAUUAAAUAUGGCGUGAUAUCUGUCCAAGAUUUCCAUAAAGAUCUUACAGACUGGGAAUGGUUAUAUCUCAGUGGACGACUCCAUAAACCAGUUUUAAUUCUGGAUACAACUACCAAUGCUGAUAAAAAGACUAUAUUAAACCAAGCUAUGGAAUACAAUUUAAAAUCUGCUGUCUUGUGUUCACUGUUGUUAUUGAAUAAGAACAAAAUAACAGAAGAAGAAUUGUAUCUACAAAUCACAGGACUAUCAUUUAUGGGAGAUUUUCGAAUGAUUGUUGGAGAAGAUAAGAAUAAAAUUGAAAAUAUUGUUGUCCCAAAUCUGAUUCGUUUUCGUCAACUUUAUUCUCAUACAAUGUCUUUAGCUAUAACAUCUAUUGUUACUUCAAGUAGUAUAAAACAGAGCAUCAAAGGAAUAGUGACUGCUGGUAAGCUACAAUCUAAUGUUAGUUUGUAA